GUCAACUAACAUGCCAUAUAUUGGUGUAUCGCAGUAUUAUUACCAGAGUCCAACUAUCAUCUAAAAUGGGGAUUUUAGGUACUAGUAGUAUCUUUUCCUUCCUCGCAUUAUCAUCGAUACUGUUAUUUUCAACUUCAAUAGUCACUGCAUCAUCAUUUGGUGAUGAUUUUCUUGAAUGUCUAAACAUAAAUCAUCUACCCAAUACCCCAACGAUCCCAAUCUACACCCAAAACAACGCGUCUUAUGAAACCAUUCUAAGAUCCUCUGAAAGAAACGAGAGGUUUUCUAAAUCCAGAGGACCAAAGUAUAUAGUCACACCAACCCAUGAAUCUCAUGUUCAAGCAUCUGUUAUUUGCUGCAAGAAACAUGGCCUGGACCUUAAAGUUCGAAGCGGUGGUCAUGAUGCGGAAGGACUGUCUUACCAAUCAGAUGCUCCUUCGUUUGUCAUUCUCGACUUCGUUGACUUUCGUAAUGUCGCCGUCGAUGUUAAUGAUGGUACCGCAUGGAUUCAAGCCGGUGCUAUCCUCGGUGAAGUUUAUUAUAAGAUAGCCGAGAAAAGCAAGACUUAUGGAUUUCCGGCAGGGGUUGCGCCCACGAUAGGAGUUGGUGGGCAUAUCAGUGGAGGUGGAGUUGGUUUGUUGGUGCGGAAAUAUGGCCUUUCAGCUGAUCGAGUCAUUGAUGCCUGCAUCGUCAACGUUGACGGGAAAAUCCUAAACAAGCAAACAAUGGGUGCGGAUCUAUUUUGGGCGAUCAGAGGAGGUGGUGGAGGGAACUUCGGGGUCAUCCUCUCAUGGAAAGUUAAGUUGGUUCCUCUACCAGCUCUUGUAACUGUUGCCAACAUCCAAAAAACACUAGGACAGGGUGCAACGGACCUUGUGCAUAAAUGGCAAUUCAUUGCUCAUAAGCUCGAUGUAAAUAUUCAUCUUUCCCUGAUGUUGUCCGUUGUCAGUGGUGAUCUCGGGAAAGAAAGAACAGUGCAAGCUUCAUUCUCAAUCUUGUUUAUCGGGGAUGGCUGUCCUCAAAAACUUGUCCAACUAUUGGAAGAGAGCUUCCCUGAGCUGGGUUUGAAGAUUGAAGAUUGUAUUCAGAUGGCUUGGGUUGAAUCUCAUCUAUACUUCUAUGGCUUAUAUGGACAACCGUUAGAAACCUUACUGGUCAGGGAAAGUCCAAAGAUAUUCUUUAAGCAAAAAUCUGAUCAUGUCAAGGUUCCAAUACCAACAACUGGAUUGUUAGAGCUAUGGAGAAGGUUGUUAGAACACGUUGACUUUACGCCUACGGUGGUUUUCUUACCGUAUGGCGGAAAGAUGAGUGAAAUUUCAGACUCUGAACUUCCUUAUCCAGAUAGACAAGCCAUUUAUCUUGUUUUUUAUGACGCAAACUGGGAUAAUGAAAGUGAACAGAGAAUUUAGAUCGGAUGAGAAAUUUAUAUGAGUAUAUGACUCCAUAUGUUUCUAAUUCUCCAAGAACGGUAUAUCCUGGCGCAAGAGAUCUUGACUUGGGGAGUUAUGAGAAUGCUCAGGACAUUAGUUACCUGAAAGGUAGGAGUUGGGGUAUAAAAUACUUCAAGAGCAACUUUGACAGGUUAGUGAAAGUGAAGUCAGAAGUCGAUCCUGAAAAUUUCUUCUGGAACGUACAAAGUAUACCGCCGAUUACACAUAUGAAGUAAGGAUCAGUUGCCCUAUGGUGUGCCUUCCCAUUUGUUGAUGUAAACCUUAAGCACCAGCAUGCUGCUGCUGAAUGAUGCUACUUUAAGUUUGUCCAGAAGCUUUGUUGAUUCUAUUUUGCUUAUACUUAUUUUUUGCUGGCAAUCUUUGUCAUUUACGAUCUAGAUUGAUGCAGUAGUCCUUAAAAUGUUCUUUGAAAAGA